GAACAGCGUGUGGCAACACUGGUCACAUAACAGUGCGCGUUUGCGCCAUACUCACUGCUAAUAUAAUCGCCUGCCAAAGCGAACUGAAAAUUCUGCCCAAGGAGACAAGAAAGACGUUAUACAGAAAAGAUGUACGUGUGAGAACGCAAAUAAGUUCUACAGUUUGAAGAGGAAAACAGGUAGAUGAUCUAUAUAAAACAGCCAUUCAUAUCACCGAGAUGAACCUUUUUGUAGUAGCUGCUCUUCAACUGGCUGCUGUAACAUCUGCAGCGAAUCUUCAGGAUCUAAUCAACGCCUUGAGUACGAACGAGCGGACGUGGAUAUAUCAGCGCAGUUACGUUGAAUAUAAGGGCAGUGAAUACGUCACAUGCGCAUAUUACCGAAAACUUGAACUAAACCAGACUAAUUACGAGUUCUUCAAGGACUUCAUGUUAUGUUCGCAAGCGCACCAACGCCAUCUUUAUGCUGAAUUGGGCGAUGAUGGCACAGAUGGACCUUAUAUGGGCGUAAGUACCUGGCCAGGAGCCGAGGUGACCUCAUACACGUUGAGAUAUUGGAAUGCCACCGAAGCCUGCGCUGUGUACACAUUGGACAAGUACAACACAAUUGACUGCGAGCUCCAUGUGAGGCACCACAAUAGGAGAGGAGUGUUCAACUACUGUGAACUUUAUUACAGAGUGUAUUGUCACGGAAAAAUAUUCCAGAUUUACUCGGAAGCCUGCAAGAAUUAAAGUGAACGUGCUCACGAGUCAAAAAAGGUGUCAUGAUGCAGCAUAACUUCCCUACGCCUUAUGGGGAGCACUGGGGUCAAGUAAAUCAAAAUAAAAAACUG